AUGGAAUCACCUCAGUUGGAUACCCGCCCCAUCUUCUCGAGACGCUCGACAGGCUCCAACAAGUCGCUCUCCCUCGAUCUCUCCUCUCUGCCGCCUCUGGUUCAGCCGACCCCGCCCACAAACACCCUCCUCUUCACAAACCUGAACGACACCUCAAUCUUCCGCCCCGACAACCUGCAGACCAUCCGCGACCUCAUCCUCAAGACGGCGCCAGUCCACUCAUGGGCGCCUCUCAAAUCCUUCCGCCGUAUCGUCGUUUCCUUCUUCUCAGAGGACGACGCCAUCGCCGUCCGCCGUGUCUGGGACGGUGAAGCCGUCAUGGGCGAGCGCCCUACUCCUGUCGAGGUGACCGAUCGCCACCUUGCCCUUCCCGACGCAGGAAAGCUCUUCUUCAUCUCCCCCCCUCCCUCGCCACCCCACGGCUGGGAGAUGAAGCUCGAGGAUGCCCCCAACAAGAUGGUGCACGCAGAGGACCUCGCCGAUGCGCUGGCCAAGCUCCACCACCGCCCGACGGGCGUCGAGACCCCCAUCAGCCCCGUCGACGGCUCAAGACAAACGCGCAGCAGAAGCUCUACCCUGCUCUACCAGCCUGACGUCAACGGCACCAGCCCCGAUCUGCCCGCCAUCUGCCUGGAGGACAUGACCGACGAGCCCAUGGAGUUCAGCCCUAUCGAGCCGAAGCCCAUCAUGGCGCAUACUUCCCGCCCACCCGUGGAGCUGAUGCACCACGCAUAA